UGGAGGCUGGCGGACAUCGGCCGCGGCGGUGGCGCGUUAGUUCCUCUUGGCGGAGGAAGGAGGCGAAGAAGAUGGAGAUGGAGCGCUUGCCGCCGCCCCUGUGGCCGGCGUGCGGGGUUCGGUCCCUCGCCGUUUGGCGGAGCGCGUGGGCGAGCCGAGGCCUACAGCACCCCGGUUUGAACGACGUUCCAGGCGACGAUUCCACCGUCGAGGAGUCCUUGAGCGACGUUGUCCGCCGGCAGCGGGCGACGAUAGAAGCCUUACGCCUCCGGCUUGCCGCCGUCGGUAGUGGUCGGUAGAAUUAUUUAAUUAUUCAUCGGGGCGGCGGCGGGAUUGUUGCCUUUCUCUGUUGUUAUUGUUGUUGUUGUUGUUGUUGUUGUUGUUGUUGUUGUUACGUUAGAUGUUAGAAGCUGUUCCGGUCUCCGCUCAAUACCUUCUAGACUAAUGUGCGUACCGGUCCAACUGAUGCGGACACCUUCCGCGGUCACAUGCCAACUAUUACCCCGAAAGGGGGUACACCUUUUCGUGGUUUGGCUAAGAAUAGUCCACGGAUGAUUUGCCCCCCGGAUCAAACGCAAUGACUUCCUGCUAGAGACGUCCUAUGCCCGUCUUUGUUACAUGGUUAGCAUCGACAGCGCUAACCGGCUGACCAAUGAAAAGGAGUCAGUCUCAGUGCGGUUGAAACACAAAACACUUCUAAAUGCCAUGAACUGGGACCUCGUGAGGGGGCGGCACGGGGGAGACUUUAGCUAUUCUCCGAAUGAAGGGAAUGCGUGUGUGUGGAGUGCUCGAAGCUAUUGUGUGUGAAGUUGUAAACAGGCCCAAGAUCGCCCCAGCGGGUCUGAAUCCCGCGUUGUGUUGUCCUCAUAAGUCAAGCUCUACGCUUGUUAAUGAUGAGCGUUACCGGAGGUGGUGAUAUCGCCCGAUGUUUUUGGUGGUUCGUGGAAGGUGGUUCGGUGUGGUUUGCGUGUCGGUGUGGUUGAGCAUGCCCAAACCUCUUGCUUCUCGAUGUAAACAGGCGUGAAACAGAUGUGUGAUAUUGGCGGCGGGACCGCGCCAUGUGGUUGCAUGUUACGCUCCUCUCCUUGCAGGCAUUGCGGCUGACGUGACCCUU